CAAUUCGGAAGUGAUACCGUACUAUAUUUAUAUACGGAUAUAAAGAAAUGAAAUUUAUCUCCUUCACAAGACUUGUUUUUGUAUAUGUAACAAUUCGUCUUUUCAUUGAUGGCAUGGAAGAAUUCCUUAUUCAAACAACAGCCUUGUAUUAUGUAGAUUACCUUGGAGAGUCACAUUUAUUCUUUGGCUUCUUACUCGGAGUCUAUUCUAUUGCUGUGUUAUCCACAGCACCAUUGAUCGGUGCUGUUGACGCGAGAGUGAAAUCGCCAAAGACAAUUCUUCUCUUCUGCUGUGUAAUCAAAUUGACUGGACAAAUACUUUAUACGAUUCCUGUCAACAAGUAUUUUCCACUUUUUGGAAGAAUUCUUAGUGGCAUAGGUGAAGGUACAACUGGAGUCAUAUACGGUGCGAUUGCUCAAGCGACAAAUAAUAGAAAACGAGCAGAAGCAUUUCUCUAUUUCGAAGGACUGUUUUGUAUUGGUUCAACAUUUGGUCCCGUUGUUGGCGCGAUUUUCACAUUUAAAGUUAAUGUGUUUGGUUUGAUUAUUAACCCAGGAAACUCUCCUGGGCUUGUUUUGGCCAUUGUAUGGCUUUUUCUUCUCAUCUAUACGAUUUGGUUGCCAAAUGAUCUUGUAGCAAAUUCGCCUAAAUUUUCUGAGUCGGGUGAUAGCUCAAACGCCGAGAACGAAUCCGAAGCUUCAUGUGAAGAAUAUUCGUCAAACGAUAAAGAAUACUCGUAUUCAAGAAUAUGCUGUUUGUAUUUUAUCUUAUUUCAAAGCAUAGCCGUGCGGGACGCUGUCUUAGUCUAUAUUCCACUUUUUGCAGUUAAACGCUUUGGCAUGAAUUUUCUCGAUUUAAAACUUGUCUACGCUAACAUUGCCUUUGCUUCGCUUCUUCUUUUCUUUGGUAGCUACGUGUUAUCAAACAUUACGUCAGAGAAAAAUCUCUUGGCAAUAGGCGUCACUUUACGAAUUGUUCCCGUAUUAAUCCUGGGCUACUUUGGCUUCAGUUGGGAAAACGAUCACAGUAUUAAUCAUGCAUAUCUACUUCUGGCUCUCGCCUUAUCUAUAAGUGUUGGAUUCGUGAUGUUUCCAUUAUUAUGCUCAAUACUAUCCAAAGAAACACCAGUAAAUAGCGCUUCUUUGUAUCAGGGGAUAUCCUUUUCUGUGCUGAACUUAGGUUUUUUGAUCGGUCGUGUUCUAGCUGGUGGCACAUUCUUCAAAGAGGGUGUGGUAUACGUUGCUGUCAGUCUAUUAGUAAUUUGGGUUUUGGAAUUAAUAUGGCUUAGUUCUGAAUUCCGUAACGUAUAUCCUGCUUUAAAAAGAAAAUUUUAGUACGUAAUUUUAUGCAUUAUGAUUAGCAGUUUACCUGAAUAUUCAUUUUCUUGUAAACAUUCAUUCAACCUCUUGAAAAAAUAUAAAACCUAGGCUGAUUUCACUAUCCAGUGACCACCCCGGCUAAAAGCAACGAUUUUGAAUCAUGUUGACAGUGCCGUUUCUGAGUGUAAGCAUUUUCAGUACGUCUGUCCCGAAUUCAGAUUUUGGCACAUAUGCCAUGUUGACUGCCGUGGUCAUUUUACCCUAAACCAGUUGAGAUAAUCUGUCCUAAAUGAAAUGCAUACAAACUCCUUUAUAGGUCGUAGACUAUUUAGUAAUAUUUGUACAAGAGUCCUUUAAAACAAUCCGUAUAACAGAUGUCGCGUGAGGAACGUGAUUAAGAUAUGACAGGGGGAUAAUCCCUUUAAUAACUGACUGAAAGACUGCAAACCAAUCUAUUAAUAAAGUUUUAUCCUAAAAUAUACUGUUAUGUACUGGGUAGUGCCAAGUCCUUAAUAAAGGUCAUAUUUAUCACCGAAGCAGAUGUAUCUUCACUGGUUGGAACAAGGAGCAACUGGAAAUGCCCUAUUGGCUACUCCCUGGCAGAUAAGAUGUCAUCCCAACAACAAGCAUAACAAAAUUAUU